AUGUCACAGCAAGAGAGGUUUAUCCAUGUAUCAGUGGUAGGAGCCGCUGGUGCCGUUGGAUCACCCUUGUGUAUGUUACUAAAACAGAUGCCACUGAUAAGCAAAAUUACAUUUUUUGAUAAAGCACCAUCCACUUUAGGAGUUGCUAAAGAUUGCUCUCACAUUCAAUCCAAAGCUAAGGUCAAAGCUUUCAAAAAAUCAAAGAACCUCGGCAAAGCAGUUAGGGGUGCUGAUAUUAUUGUUUUAUGUCAAUGUUGCUGCGGCCUGAACCAACCAUCAACCAAUAAAGAAUUAUUUGAAAGGAACAGCGCAACCAUGGUAAAGAUUGCAAAUUGCAUUGCGAAUAUAUCACCAAGUGCUAUUUUGCUGGUCGUAACAAAUCCUGUGAAUUCAAUGGUUCCUUUGAUUUCGGAAGUGUUUAAAGAGCGAUGUGUUUACAAUCCUCGGAAAAUUAUCGGGAUGACUGUUGUGAAUACUGUGAGGGCAAACCGUUUCGUGGCUGCGGCACUAAAAUGCAAUCCGCUUGUUGUAAAUGUUCCAGUUUUGGGAGGUCAAUCCUGCGACACCACUGUCCCUAUUUUUUCACGAGCCAGACCUAAAACGAAGAAAUUGCCUAAAAAAAAGAUCGAAAAACUUACCACAAAAGUCAAAGAGAGUGGCAUUACGAUGCAAAAAUUGCGAAGCUGUGAAAGCGGAUCGAGUCGAUACUCUUUGGCAAUGUCUUACGCCGCCGCAAGAUUCAUCAACAGCCUCUGCUUGGCAAAAAGUGGCCAAAACGAUGUAAUCGAACCCUGUUAUGUCCGCAGCAAUGUUUGUAAAGGAAUCAAAUACUUUUCUUCACCCUGUAAACUUGGACCAAAAGGGGUGAAAAAAAUUUGUGAGAUUCCCGACAUGAAUGUAGAUGAACGAUGCCAACUCGACACAGCUAUACAAAUACUCAAAAAAGACAUUGAAUUAGGAACGUGUUUCAUAAAAAAUAAAACUGAUAAACAAAAGACAAAUGUAUAAUAUUUUCUUGAUUUUAUUCGAUACUUGAUGUUAAAAGUGAACCACAUUGUAUACAUUAUCGCACAUUAAUUAAAUUGUUAAUUGUAGAAAUAAAUAUUUUUGAU